CUAUUUGCAAAAAAAAUAUCUUGUUAUGAGAUUCAAAGGCAUUAAAGAUUUAAUCUUCUCCAGUUCUAACAUGAAACGCCAUGUGAAAUUGCUGGAGGAAGUGACGAAAUUCUAUCUUGUAAACAUUCUGCGAACUUCCGUUAUACCUUUCUUCGUAGGAUCGCAUCGAAAAGUCAAGAGGUGAUCCGGCAUUGUUUUGAUUGGUCAACGACAUUUUGGCGAAUCAUUUGAAACAUUUGCCAAGUGAGUGAAAAACACACAGAGACCGAGUAGAUAUUUGUCCAAGUUUUCAUCACGAAACUUUAUAUAUUGUGGAAGAAUUGAACACAAGAGAGUUAAAAAAUUGAAAUGAGAAAGUGAUUUACGUCAGAAAGAUGGAUUUUGAGCAUCAUAAACUAGAACAGUGUCCAGAUUUGAGUGGCUUCAAUGAAAAGGGAAGAGCAUUUAGCACAAGUACACCAGUCGUACACAGUAAACUUAGUGAUGAUCUCCCCCCUCGGUCCCUGUCGACCAGUGCCUGGUCCCCCAACGAUAGUGGGUAUGGGGACUCCCUCUGUAGCAGCAGUGCUGGAGAUGACACCUGUCACGUGACACCAACAGCAAGCAGGGGCAGCUUCACCAGCUUCCGACUGACCGGUCUGGAUCUGAGCCCGAGUCCCACACCGACCGUUAAGAUCAGCGGAUCACUACAGACAGACAAACAUGUGCCCAGGUUCUCCCUCGGUGUUCACACACUGGACUUCGAAAUUCCUGAAGAGGAACAAGUGUUUGAGAAGUUCUCCCCCAACAAGACUGAGAGUCCCAUUCCUCACUACAGUUUGGAGGAUGAGGCUGAGGACAUGCUUAUUGAGGAGUCUGAAACCUCAUCUGCCCCUUCUUCGUCCUCGAGAACUCAAACAUCUUGUUCAAAUUUGACAGACAGAUUUGAUGCAGUGUUAAAGCAGUGCAUGCCCAAAGUACCCGACAGAAUGAUUGGCAGAAAGAUGGGGCUGGAGAAAGUAGACUUGAUUCAUGAACUUGACCACAGAGGGAUGGGGAUUAUCAUAGAGAAAAUUGUCAGUUAUCUCCAGGCUUCAGAUAUCCGCAGGAUGUGCAGAGUUGACAAAACAUGGCGAUCUGUGUGCAGCCGCUGGGCAGUAAAGAAGCCAACAAAAAGGCUAAGAUUGUUGAAAUUGAGAGACAAGGAAAAUGAGAGUCACAAAGUGCCCCAAGACUUGGACUUAGUGGGGAGAGGCCUCACAGUAGGGGAGCAGACCACGCUGAGUACUGUCCAGGCAGUGCAAGAACGAGUCCCCCCACCCUGCUCCAUUGGCACCCAGAGGGAUCUCUUUGUACAGACUGCUGGAACUCUGAAAAAUGAGGAGAAAAUGACCAAAUGUCCCAUGUGCCAACAAGCUGCCAUUGUGUACCCUGUGGAAGAGAGGGGUGUGUGCCAGUCAGACAAGUGCCAAUUCGAUUACUGUGUCAAGUGCUUUCACCCAUUCCACCAAAGCAGACCCUGCGUUCAAUUAACAGUGAGCAAAGUCAAACGAAGUAAAGACUCAAAAAUAGGUGGAAAACGUGGAAAGCAGAAUCUGAGGCGCUUAUAGCACAGAUAACAUGACCCUCCCGGUCAGUGACCUUCAACUGAGACAAAGGAGACUCGUCCCCUCCUUGAGUAGUGCCACCUGGUGGUGCCCUAGUCCCAAAGCCAGUGUCCAAUACGGGACACCAAGAUGUGAACUUUCUACCACUGCCAAGUUCAACGAAUCAGCUAUCAGAAGGCAGCUAUGUAACCACAAGGUUUCAGCCAUCUUUACAAGGCUAAUGCCAUCUUAAAUCAAAAUCCACCAAUUGUGUUCAAUUGUUCAUAUUUUUGAUGUGUUCAUUUAUCUUAAGUGUUCAGGAAAUGAACAAGUGUUUUUAGAGUUUGAUGAUUUCUUAUAUUUUAAUAUAUAUAAUUUGAUUAUUUUUUUCAAAAUGUUUUUUUAGCCUAUAUAUCAUUUUUUAAUUGUAUUUUACUACUUUCACUAUUACGAAUAAGUUCAAUUAUGAAUUAUUUAGUAUUUUCCCGAUUUUAAGCCCAUUUGUAUUUUAACAGUAAUUAUACUAAAAUUCUCUUCACAAGCCGACAUAAAAUAUUGAAAUUUUGCAGCAUUUAUAUUCUAAGAUAAUCAGCAAAUUGUAUUAACAGGCAUGUCUUUAAUAAACAGAUUGAUUUACUUUGUUGCUCCAAAAUGAACUUUAUGCAAAAUGUGAUGUGCAUGUUCAAAAAUUAUAUUUUGAAUAAAUUUAUAUCUUUACAUUUAAAAAAAA